AAAAAAUUUUUUUUUCUAUAUAUUAUAUUUUAUAGAAACAAUUAGAGCAUUGUCAAUCAAACAAAAAAUUAAAUUUAAAAAAAAGUCUUACUACUUCAGAAAUCCUACCCAUAUAAGUCUUGUGAAAUAACCAUAGGCAUCCUAAAUAGCUUCCGUGCAUAGAGCUAUCAUGAAAAGUGCUAUAACUUUCGUUGUAAAUAAUACUAACUUUUCGGAGGUGGCAUUAGAGUGACUUGAGAUUAUAAACAUUGAAAUAAAAUUGAAAUUCAUUUUGGAUUGUAAUAGUGUUUCUUCGUUUCGUGUGUGAUUUCUUUAUAAUACCGAUUGUCUAAAAUAUAAAUUUGAUUUUUGGUUCAUAUAGUGUUUCUCGUGAAUUAAAACAACCUCUGACAAGGAGGAAUCGAUCUAACAAUUUUACAUAGAAUCUUUUUUAAGGAGACUAUGAAUUGUUUCGACUAUUAAAUUUUUGUAUUUGGUUGCGACGGAAGGGUCGUUAACGGAUUGUUUGAAAGAAGUAAUAGUGAUAAAGGAUAUACCAUAAAUAUACAAAAGAGUUAAGAAAAAAAAUAUCGAAGAUGAAUAGCAAAACUAAGAUACAAGAGAAGAACAAGAUGUGUGAGAUUGACGAUCAUAUAUUUAAGUAUUUCGAGAUUAAAAGGAGACUUGGUAAAGGUGCUUAUGGUAUUGUUUGGAAGGCCUUACAUAAAAAAACAAAUCAAACUGUUGCUGUAAAAAAAAUUUUUGAUGCCUUUCGGGAUGAAACCGAUGCACAAAGAACAUUUCGUGAGAUAAUGUUUCUUCGAGCAUUUCGUGAUCAUCCGUGUAUAAUUCAAUUGCACAAUGUCUACAAAGCUGCUAACAACCUUGAUAUAUACCUAUCUUUUGAAUUUAUGGAGAGUGAUCUUCAUAAUGUCAUUAAGAAGGGUAAUGUACUGAAAGAUGUCCAUAAAAGAUUCAUCAUUUAUCAACUACUUAAUGCUAUCAGUUAUAUUCAUUCUGGAAAUGUGAUACAUCGUGAUUUAAAACCUAGCAAUGUUCUCAUUGAUACCAAAUGCAACUGUAAACUAGCAGAUUUCGGCUUGGCGCGUUCGGUAUCAAACCAACAAAUGCGCGAUGCAGUUGAUGCAAAUGAAUCUUUUGAGCCUUUGCUGACUGAUUACGUAGCCACUAGAUGGUAUCGAGCUCCUGAAAUUCUUGUAGCUAGUAAAAGAUAUACUAAAGGUAUAGAUAUGUGGAGCCUUGGAUGUAUACUUGGUGAAAUGAUCCGUGGGAAACCUAUAUUUCAGGGAAAUAGCACAGUAGACCAAAUUGAGAAGAUAGUUUCGGCAUUACCAGAAGUUACCGAAAAGGACAUCAUUUCUGUUGGAGCUGGUUUUGGUUCAGCUCUUCUUAACAAAACUAUUUCAGUCAACAGCUCAACAACCCUUGAUGAACUUCUAAUUGAUGGAACAAGUGAUGCCAAUGACCUUGUUAAACGACUUCUGGUUCUUGAUCCUAUGGCCAGGCUAACAGCGGUUGAAGCUCUUAGUCACAAAUAUGUUGAAAAAUUCCAGGACAAAAUUGAAUUGAUAGAACUGAAUGCUGACGUUAAACCACCCUUUCAUGAUGACAUUCGUUUAAGUGUAAAUGAAUAUCGAUCAAAGCUCUAUGAAAUAAUCCAACAGACAGAGAAAUCCAGUACAAAUGGAAAAAGCUAUAGCUUCAAUCGUAAAAGAGAGACAAGGACAAAUAAUAAAUCAACGGACAAUAUUCCUUCCAAGUUAAAUGCGUAUGAUGAAAAAUUAAAAAGGAAUGCAUAUCUAUCACAAGAACGCAAACCAUAUUUUUCAACUACAGCAAAUGAUACAACAUUAUUACCUAAGGUCAUCGUCAAUAGAUCUUCAAAUAAAGUGAAAAUAAUAACGCCAUCAGUUCCACAAACAAUAACUGCAACUAAUGGAAUGUAUCCUAAGUCUCAAGUUGUAACAAAUCUUUCAACUGAUCAAGCACAAAGAGAUUUGAAAGCUGAAGCAGUUCUUUCAAAGUCAAAGUAUACUAUGAAAUCGUCAGUUCGAAAUGCUCAAAGUUCUACAAAUAAGAACACAAGUUCAUCACCGGAGUUAGCACAUAUUCAACGAUUAAAUUCAAUUAAGCCUGCUAAAACUAUGAUGGAAAAACGUCAUUCUAUUGAUGGGAGUUAUAACUAUCCUCAGCCUUCGAGUCGAUUAGUCUAUCAAGGAAAUCAGUCGUCUGGAAGAGAAAAGUGCAAUACAAUACUGCCAAAUAACAAUAACCAUUAUUCAACGAAUAGACAACCUGAGAAAACGAAAUUUUCAAACUCAGGAUUUCGGAAAAGCUAUCAAAACAUUGACGGCACUCAUGAUAACCAUCAGACAGUGGCAUCAGAUUAUAACAACAAAAAAUCAUCAGUGCCAUCUAAAAGUGAAGAGUACAGAAUGUUUAACGAUGGAAGCAAUUACUAUGAGAAAAGACUAAAACGAUUAGAAGAACAAAUUGAAAAACACAAAAGAGAUGUUAAAGCAUUUUGUAUUGAAAAUACUAAACAUUCGAAAAUAGUUCCUUCAAAUAAAAGACAAUCUGAAUCAACAGCUGAACAAAAAAUAACAUUUAGGGAUAAAUAUUACAUCAACGGAAAUGGAAAAACUCUGGAAUUUCGUCAAAAUGGCGAUGUUAACAUAAAUUCUAACAAAUAUUCAACGAAACAUAGUUCAUCUGGUCGUUUUGAUUAUUUAUUUGGAACUGGCGAUGAUAUUGACCAUCGUCAAGCGAUUAUAACGAAAUAUGGGGAGAGACGACCAUCAAAAAUUACUUAGUUUUAUUUUUCUUAUAAGAAAAAAUAACCUGAUCUACAAAAAUGUUUUAUUUUAUAAGCAAUUUUUUUGUUGUGACUUUUAAGAAUUACAUGGUAUACAGAAUGCCUUUCAAAAAUGA